AUGGAUAUAAACUGUCUCCUCAAACAAACCGAAGAAAUAAAGGAGACACUUCGCAGGAGGGGGGCCCCCAAGGAGGCUCACGAGGCCCUCGAGGCCCUACCCGAGCUGGUGCUGCUUCUUCGCCGUUCUGCUGGAGAGGAGAACGCGAUUAUGAGGAGACGCAAGGAGACAGCCAAGCAGCAGCAGCAGCAGCAGCAACAGCAGCAGCAGCAACAGAACGAGCAGCAGCAGCAGCAAGAGCAGCAGCAAAUGCAUUUGUCUUCUGAAUCGACAACAGGAGCACCGGAGGUCGAAGACGGCGACAGUGCAGCAGCAAACAAAGAGCUGCGGCGCUGGGCCCCUCCGGGGUGUACAUACACCGCAGCAGCAAAGAUGCAUCUAGAGGUUUUAUCUUCUUUAGGGGCCCUGGGGGCCCCAGGGGCCCCCCAAGAAGCAGCAGCAGCAGCAGCAGCAGCAGUUGGCGGGCGCCGCUGCUGCGUACUUUCAGGUGCAGCAGCAAAACUGCAUGCGGCACUGUCUUGUCUCUUCGAGGGGACAGCAAAUGAAGAGGGAUUUGUCUCCAUAGUCCCUCCUCUGCUAGUCAGGGUUGCUAGGGUUUGUGCGCAGGCUGCAGGAGAGGCUGUCUACUUGUCUCCAACCUCAGAGGUCUCUCUCGUUGGGUUGUACAGGGACUGCACGCUGCAGCAGCACGAACUCCCCCUGCGGUUAACAGCUACAACUGCCUGCUUCCGCAACGAAGACGGCAACUAUGGGUCUGAGCACCGCGGCCUGUACAGACAGCGUACAUUUUAUAAGACAGAAGUUGCUGCUGUCUGUACACCUCAGCAAUCAGAGGCGCUGCAUGAAGAACUGCUGCUGCAUGUGGAGAAGCUGCUGCAGAUGCUGGAGCUGCCUUACCGGGUGGUGCAGCUGUGUGCUGGAGAGACAGGCUCUGCUGCAGCAUUAUGUUUUGAUGUAGAGGUGAGUGUGCGGUGGAGUGCCCGGCGCCUCAACCUCCGCUUCAAGGAGACUCAAAUGCCGCCGAAGCAGCAACAGCAGCAACAGCAGCAGCAACAGCAGCAGCAACAGCAGCAGCAGCAGCAGCAUCGAAGGCUUCGGCCGCAGUACUGUCAUACGCUCAACGCGUCUGCGCUUGCUGUGGGGAGAACCCUCGCUGCAUUUGUGGAGAAUCACCAGUGCCUCACCCCACAAGGAGAACCUGCUGUCCGCCUCCCUCCGCCUUUGAGGCCCUUCUUUAACGGCAGAGAAUUCCUCACAAAAGAUGUUUGA